GUGUGCUGCAAAGACUUGUGGUAUCUGGAAGUUGAUAAGCCGCCUGCACCUAGUCGAGUGUCCCUUGUCAAAGCAGCAACUGCAUCUCUUGAAGUGAACUGGACUGGAACACCCUCAGUGCAGAUUUAUAUCCUACAGAUCCAGAAGUAUGAUUUACCUCCACCUGCUGCUGCUGUACAAAAACCUGUGCCAGCUCAAGUUGCUGUUCCCCCAUUAAUGUCCUCUUCAAAACCAGUGCAGCAGACUAUCUUGGGUAGUCCCACCACUCCAGUCAUGUCUGCCAAAACCCCCAUUACAAAUCAAAUAAUAGCUCCAAAAAUUGUUACACCGAUUAUUAAAGCAUCUACUAUUUCAGGAUCUCCAAUAAGACUACAAGGUGCAACUGGAACUAUUAUUAGGCAAGGAUCUCCCCAACAAGUUGCUGGAAAGCAAUUGAUUGUAAAGCAAGGGGGUAAUUUGAUUCAGAAGACCGGUGGUGUUCAGCAGCAGGUUGUUACAUUGGUGAAAACUAGCACAGGAAUGACUUUGGCCACUUUGCCCAAAGGCAGUAAUAUUGUCCAAAACAAAACUGGAACCCUCCAAACACAGCAACAAAAAAAUACUAUAGUGAAAAUUGUACCGAGCAAUCCAGGUAACAAAGUCUUAACUACUUUGAAAACGAUACCUUCCAAUAUGAUUCAGAUGAAUAAGGCUACGGGAAAGUUAGUUCUAUCCAAGGCAACUGGUCAAAUACCAACACUGGGAAAUCAACAAGUAUUGGUUGUAAGUUCCAAUGCUGGUUUGAAAAAUAUUCAGACUUUGACAAAUGCCCAGGCUGUUAAUUUAGGCAAUGUAAAAACUACGGCAAUGAACACACAACCAGUCACAGCAGCUUCUCUUGCUGGUCUUCAAGGAGUCAAGUUAACUGGCAAACCAAUUGUAAUUUCCAUGCCCAAUCAAGUUGUUGGCACACCGAAAACUGUGACCUUGUCCAAAAACACGAAACAAGUAAUGAUUGGCGGAAAACAGGUAACUGUUCAAAUGGCCACUGGAGGAAAUAAAACACUAACCCUUGUUCAACCAAAUCAAGUUGGAGGAGUUGGUAAAAUUGUCAGAUUACCCAUCAGUUCAUCUACUUCAAAUAACACAGAUCAACCCAAACUCAUGGUAGUGUCUCGUCCAAAACAACCAACUGCAACGAUUGCUUCAACAUCAUUCGACGGACCAGCAACAACAGAUGCUGCACUGGCAGCUUUGGCAGCAGAAGCUGGUCUGAUUGAUCCAGAGCCAGAGAAAGCUUCUCUAAAAAUUGAGUCCAUAGAUGCAGAAGGUGGUAAUAAAACCGAUAUUGACAUGUCUGACGAAGCACCAAUUUCUGACGUUUCAACUCCUAUGGAUAACACUGGCCUUCUAGGAGGCGGAGCAAUGACUCAAUUGGGGCUCAAGGGUGGUUCAAAAAUUCUAUUAGGACUGCGUGGAGGUGCCCCAAAUCUACCACCGAAAGGAUUCAGGUAUGUUUUAUUGUAUAGAAUCAUAUUUCAAGUACUUUUUUGCACACCUGACCUUUGGAACUAG